CGUCGCAAUAAGUUGGCUGCUGCAAGAGCAAGCUUCCUGCCAGGCAUGGAGGACACAGAUACUGUUGCAAGCCUUCGGGGCUUGAAUCAGGAUUUGCAAAACCUCUCGUCAGCUUUCGUUGUCAAUAUCGAGCGUCUCCGAGUCGAAUUGGAGACUCACAUUGAAGACUUCAAGAAGCUCCUCGACAAACCCACGAAAAACAAUGCAAGCCGACAAUCCGUUCUCUCGGGGAAGGUAACCAUUGGCAAUGUCGAAUACUCCAUCAACCAGGAUUUUCAACAAGGCGUACUCCAGCUUGCGGAUACCCUGGAUAUCGAUGAACUCGAAGCUGCGUUCUUGUUCUUCGAUGCGCAAGUCGAGGCUCAAUCACUCGACAGGCCCCUUCUCAACGUUGCGAUCAUGCGCUUUCACCAGCGCCGGCAGUUCUUGCUUGACUCGUUGCGCCUUAUUCUCCAGGAAUCAUUCGAGGUAGAAAGGGAAACAAACCAAAUAAUCAUGCAAGAAAUGAUGGCCCACGUGGUUGAAAUCAAGAAUGGUCCUUUGCGGAAUGCUUCAUUAUACACCCGAAAGUGCAUGACUGCCAUGGUGGAUGCGGAGAAGUGGCUUUCGCUCCUCGGCGAUCAGGCUCAGAAGGCGACGCUUGUCGGUCAGAUCGAAGAUGCUGAUACCAUGGAGUUGCUAGAGUUCCAGCGCAACAGCCUACUGCAGCAGCAUGAAACGCUUGGCGCCGUUCUAAGCUACCUUUUCAAAGGCCCUUAUACCAGCCCUGAAGACCUUCGAGUUCUCGUGAAGCAUCUUCGGACCCUUGAUCGCUUCGACAGUUUAGUUGUUCACUAUAUCCCAUGCAUCGUAUCUGCCUUUGAGCAACACGGAUCCCCUGAAAAAUCGAGCUCCUAUCAAGAAGCCAAAAGUCUGCAUAAGGAGAUCGUCACUACAACGGUCGCUCAAGAAUGGAAGCUGCCCACUUUUCAUUCCGCAAUCAUUACACUCUGGCUCGCAAUAUUCAGCGCUUGGGAUUUCGAUGCUCCAUCCUCGCCUGUGCAGGGAGUGGAACCCGAGAAAGACGCAGAUGAGCGCACAGCUUUGUUCAUGACAGCGCUGGAUGACGGCGGACUUGAUCUCCUGCUUACAGUCUGUUAUGGUAUCAAUAAUGAGGAAUGGGCAGAUCCAGCUCGCAGUGAGUUGGUAGCUUUGCUUCUGAAAGAGGUUGCUUCAGCAAUGCUCGAGCUAGACCAGUGCUCCGAGUUUCUGAAGACUCUUCUCAUGGAGAGCUUCGAGCUUUUCUCUGAGGCCUGCAUCGCAAACAUGCCGGAUGCUGUUCGCAUGUUGAAAACCGAAGAAGACUCUCAACGGCUUGAUCACCUCACAGCUCUUCGAGAUGGCUUGACCUCCACGCCUCAUCGUGGCGUAGUCGAAGCUCGCACACACCUUGAAUCCUUCUUGAUGAUCAUGGCUUUCGCGUUCGAACAACGGCCUGACGCCGCGCAGGAGUUUUGGGCCGAUCCUGACUCAAAUUUGUACGGCUUCCUCCAGUGGGCCUCUAAGCGACAAACCGUUCCUAGGGUUAGCGCAUUCUGUGAACUGCUAUGUUCCAUCUCUGUGGGCGAAGAAAAUGCCACUGCAGCCCACCGGUUUCUUUCCGAGGAGGACAAAUUUUUUUCUGCUAAGUUCAAGCGGUCGACAUCUAUGAAUUGGACCCAGAUGUUCGCUGAGCUAGAGUUGUACGCCGAAAGAGUCACGAACAAGCAGCCAGCGUCACAGGCAGUCCUACGCUCGAGGAAGUUGAAUCCAGCUGAUAUGAGUGAGCCCGAGAGUCCUGUGAUGCUUACUUGCUACCUCAGACUCUUGGAUCAUCUGUGCAGACAGAGCGCUACUAUUAGAGAUUGGCUACUUCACCACCCAUCCUUCAACGUCGUCGGCACAUUGUUGAUGCUUUGCAGUGGAUCGGUGCCCACUCAUCUCAGGGCCAAUGUUUUCACAGCUCUCGCAGCUCUCAUGACCGAACGAACGGCCCACAAUGGCAACGAGAUGUGGCUCUCUAUCGAUCAGUGGAUUUCCAACCCGAAUACUGCAGGUAUUGCUAAAGCUCCCGUGAAUAGCAAUGCGUUCGCAUGGUAUGAGCAGCAAAUCUUUCGGAACAUUGGUGAGCGUUUCGAUCAAGCCAAUGCUUUUGUCACUCUGGUCUCCUCACUUGUUACGCCUACCCCUGAGUCCGCCGAAUUUCAUCUCUCGUUACCUUUCCCGGAGAAUCUCGGCUCUUCCUACCGCACGGCUGGCAUUGAGCCAUAUGUUGACUUCAUCAUGGGCCACGCUCUUUCAAGAAAGGUCCCUGAUAUGAAUGAGCGCCAGACUCGGUUGUUGACCCUUAAUUGUUUGGAAUUUGUGGCAUGCUGUCUCAAUUCAUUUAACGAAAAUCUGGUGACCGUCUUAAGUCAGCCGUCAGUGUCACCAGAUUCUGCUUUCAAGUCUUCGACAAUGGUGACAUACAUUCGUCUUCACCCCUUCGCGCGAGUUGCAGAAUGGUUGUUCAACGAGGAUGUCAUCAAAUCUCUGUUUGCCACAGCCCAACAAGAUGUGAACGAGGUCGCCAGGGCAUCGUCCGAUUCCACGCUCGUCCUCUCCUUGCUGAGAAGCUUGAAUGUCAUGAAUAUGAUUCUUGACCUUCAGUCAACCUACUUUAACAUUGUCAGACCGAUGAUCAGGUCACAAGCGGAUACAAAUAGGACGACUGUGGCCAACUCUUCCCUUGCGGCCUUCGAAGACAGCAUUCUAAACAACUUGACCAUUGUGCCUGCACUGUGUCUUUACUGCAGUACCGGACAUGAGGAACUCACGGUCAUGUCCAUGACACUGUUAGAGAAGCUGUCGAGCUCCCCGAAACUGAACAAAAUCAUGUCCCCUGAAUUGUCUAAAUGGCGAUCCUCGAACAAAAUCGUCGAGGUCCUCAGCUCUGAGGUAGACUUGGACAACCUAGCACGGCCUCUCACACAUCAAAUGGAAGUCGAUGAUCGGGAACUGGAGGCCGGCGACAAGUCCCCGGCCUACAUUAUCAGGAAAAGCCUUUUAGCACUUUUGAACGGCUGUCUUGGGUCGAUAAGCGAUAGACCAACGAUAGCUCACCUCCUUCUCGGCUUCAAUAGCAUAGGUAGUCUUCUUGACGUCUCCCCUGAUGGCAUGUUUGCCAACAAGAUGUCCUUGCUGCAUGCCAUCAUCCAGUUCGUGCAAGACUUUCCUGGUGCAAUGGAUGGCAAUAUUCUUCCGUGGCUGAUGCAGAUGAAGCGUAUGGCGUUCCAAGUUCUGAAGAAUCUCUGGUCAUCGAAGAUAUCGUCGUAUUUCACACUUGCUGAGAUGCGUGGCUCCCGAUUCCUCGCUAAUAUGCUCGCACUUCAGCCCAUAAUCGGACCUCACACGUCAUGGGAUGGUUUGCCAAUUAUUGCGGAUGAAUUCUGGCUAGCUGAGUCGACUUCGGCUUACGCGGAAUUUUUACUCCUCAGAAGCUUCCUUUUCGAUUACGCCGCCAUAGAGAUUCGCUCGGCUGCUAAGCUUGGAGCACCGACUCUUCAAGCCGAACUUAUCUCCACCCUAUUCGGCACCUCAACGUCGGAGACAGGAGAGACCACAGUAAAUCCUUCUGUGUUUGAUCUCUUCGACUUUGCCGAUCUAGACAUUGCACGUUCUCUACCUAUGCCUGAUCUUCUUGUCCUCGAGGGCCUUGACUUUGAUGUGUGUGCGAGACCAGAGGCAGACCGUUCCUUGGUUCUAUACAAUAUGGCCGAGGUAGUGGAGUUGAUUCAAGUGAGAAAAGAGGAAUUGUUCGCUAGAGGGCAUUUACACGAGGAACAGUUUAUUGCUGAGGCCGAAAGUCUCAUGCUGUUCAUAGAAGCAACAAACCGGCUCCGACAGAUCACGUUCAAUCGCUUCUUGGCCCUUCGAUCCUGGGCUGAGCUUAUCACAACCAUGCUUUCCUCUGCAGAGAUCGAAGGCGGCCGACGAACUACCUUCAUUCUACACUCACUCCAGCUCAUUCUACCCAAACUUGAAGCCGCUAUUCAGAAUGAUAUGCCGGAGGCGUUAGAGUUGGCAAGACUUACCGAGACAUUGGUUAGCAAGCUGGAGUCUUCUAGCUCCGAAUCUCCCAAGCCAAACCUGAACACUGCGCGCAGGGGUGGCGAUGUGCUUGAUGAGAAGCUUCACCAGAUGUUCCAUAUUUGCGUGCGCGGCGUGAUCAUGGCUACUGGAAAUGUCAGUCUCAGGGAGAGUCUUUACAACAUAUGUUGGCAUUAUGUUGCCCGCAUCGUUUCAUCCAACGCGGCUCAUGACCUGAUUAAGAAUCAAAGCCAGCAGAUCAUCAAGGCAACCGGCCAUGCCCUGGUCGAAGCCAUUUGCGAUGAUGCAUAUGCCGGGCAGGAGACAUGUCGUGUCUCGGCUGUUCUAUGUCUCAAUCUUUUGGCUGUCUUAGAUAGACAGACGGAUCCAGUUUUGGUUGAAUUGAUAGCGCAGACGAACUACCUAAGCCUUUUCCUCGACGCGAUCCGGGUUUUGCCAGUGGAACUGAAGAACACCCAAGCAAGCGAUACCCCCCUUCUAUUGUCUUACUAUCAAUCUCUGCUGUCUUUGUUCCAGGAGCUGUGUCAAACAAAGGUUGGGGCCACGCAUGUCUUGAGGACUGGACUCUUCCAAGCCGUGCGUGAGUCGCAGCUCUUUGCCGCCGACCCUGAUCUUGGAAUCGAUAUUGACAACACCGAUGCUCUACGCAAGUACUACGAACUGCUUGAUGCCUGUCUUCGGGUGGUUGUCUCAGCGGUGUUCUCUCGCGGGCUUCACAACGAGCAGAUGAUGGAACGAACGCGCACGUUCCUCACCGAAAACAGACAAGGCAUGGUGGGCAUCUUCAAGCGAUUUGCUCGGAUUAGCGGCACUGGUAAUGCGGACCAUCAAGGCACCUUGGGUAGCCUUGUCAAGUCUUACAUGGCGCUCAUUACCGCCACCGACUUUCUCGAUAAUUCAAGAGGCGCCCCCGAGCAGAGGAGCGGUAAGCGCAAAUCGAUCGGUAAAAGAAAGCUAUCCGAUUCAGAAGACGCCUCGCGCCAGCAGCCGCAGCAGCAAGCGACCAUCUCCGAGCUUCUUUCACGCAGUAAUCACCACCCCGCUCACGGCGACAGCCGAAGCCAUCAACACCAGUCCCCGACAACCAAGCGUCUGCGCCUGUCGCCCACCCUCCCAGGCCCCUCCCACCCUCUAGUCAGCCCUCGAGAACAGACCUCGCCCGAAAGGAUGUAUAACUUCACGAAUGCGGAGCCUCGGUUAGGCGAGGCCAUGGGCCAAACCGCGGGCGGGGCCGGCGCGGCCAACCCUGCGGUCCGACCUCGACCGUUCAAUGCGGCGUCGCGCCAGGGCAACUUCACCCCGCAUACUGGUGCGAAGCGGCUGGUUGUCAAGAAUCUCCGGACCGGGUCCCGGUUGAACCCGGAUGCAUACUUCGAGAAGGUCUGGGAUCAGCUUGAUGCCGCGCUAGUGGCAAUUUUCGGUGGCGGGAAGCCGGAAAAGUCGCUGGAGGAACUCUAUAAAGGCGCCGAGCAUGUCUGUCGGCAGGGGAGAGCCGCGGCCCUGGCCAAGCGGCUCUCGGAUCGAUGUCGGGACUACGUCACCGGGAAAUUGCGCGAGAAGCUGACGGCGCAGGCGGCUGGUGGCACCAACAUCGAAACGCUGCGGGCGGUUGUCGAGGCAUGGUCGCUAUGGCAGUCCAAACUGGUAACCGUCCGCUCCAUCUUCUAUUAUCUCGACCAGUCUUUCCUCCUCCACUCCAAAGAGUAUCCCGUCAUUCGCGAGAUGGGCUUGAUUCAGUUCCGGCAGCACAUAUUUUCCGAUCCAGUAUUAGAGCCAAAGAUCCUGCAAGGCGCUUGCGACCUAGUGGAAGCGGACCGGGACGAAGCAAAGAGUAUGGUCGCCGAUUCAUCCUUACUCCGAAAUGCUAUCGAUCUAUUCCAUGGACUUGAUAUCUACACAUCCGCCUUCGAGCCGGUCUUUGUUGCCGAAUCGGACAAGUUCUUCUCUUCAUGGGUUCAACGAGAAGCAGCCGGCUAUCUGGCGACAUUGGCGGAGAGCAGCCAUAAGUUGAUUGAGCGGGAGGUCAACCGAUGCGAACUGUUUUCUCUGAAUCGAAGCACGAAACAGAAACUUGCAGAAAUUCUCGAUCGGACUCUAGUCGCUGAGCAGGAAGGGGUUCUGCUCAACCAGAAGGAUAUACUGGGCCUCCUACGGGCGGGUAACAAAGUUGCCCUGGAAAGGCUUUACUCCCUCCUCCAACGCAAAGACCUGGGAGCCAAGCUGAGGACCUCAUUCAGUACCUAUAUCAUCGAGGAAGGGUCCGCGAUCGUGUUCGACGAGGAGAAAGAAGCAGACAUGGUGGCGCGUCUGUUAGACUUCAAGCAGCAGCUUGACGACCUUUGGAAUGGAUCAUUCCAUCGCAACGAAGAGCUAGGCCACGUCCUUCGCGAAGCCUUCGAAACCUUCAUGAACAUGGGGAGAAAAUCUGCAUCUACGGGAGGAACCGACAAUCCUAAGACUGGAGAAAUGAUCGCAAAAUACGUGGACAGGCUACUCAAGGGCGGCUGGAAGCUGGCCCCUACACGAAAAGCGGAGGAUAUGCCGUUGGCAGAUGAAGAUGCCGAAAUCAACCGGCAACUCGAUCAGGUGCUGGAUCUGUUCCGGUUUGUUCACGGCAAAGCGGUGUUCGAGGCAUUCUACAAGAACGACCUUGCGCGCAGGCUGUUAAUGGGCCGGAGCGCCAGUGACGAUGCGGAAAAGAGCAUGCUUUCGAGGCUCAAGACUGAAUGCGGAUCAAGCUUCACACACAACCUGGAGUCCAUGUUCAAGGACAUGGAUGUCGCUCGUGAUGAGAUGGCCGCGUAUAGCUCCAUCCAACGCGAGCGGCGACACCGGCUCCCGGUUGACCUGAGCGUCAGCGUGCUUUCAGCGGCCGCCUGGCCGACAUAUCCCGACGUCACGGUGCGGAUACCCGCCGAGAUCGCGACCAGUGUGGACGACUUCGAGAAGUUCUAUCACACCAAAUACAACGGGCGGAAACUCAACUGGAAGCACCAGCUGGCGCACUGUCAGCUGCGCGCCCGGUUCCCCAAGGGCGACAAGGAACUCGUGGUCAGCUCAUUACAGGCGAUCGUCCUGCUACUGUUCAACGAUCUUCCAGAGGGCGGAUCCCUGACCUACACCCAAAUCCAGGAAGCCACCAUGCUGUCCGACCAGGAACUCCAGCGAACGCUCCAAUCCCUCGCGUGUGCGAAGUACCGCGUGCUGGCCAAGAAGCCCAAGGGCCGCGAGGUCAACAAGACGGACGAAUUCGCCUACAACCCUGGGUUCUCCGACCCGAAGAUGCGGAUCAAGAUCAACCAGAUCCAGCUGAAGGAGACCAAGGAGGAGAACAAGACGACGCAUGAGCGGGUCGCGGCGGACCGCCACUACGAGACGCAGGCGGCCAUCGUCCGCAUCAUGAAGAGUCGCAAGACCAUCACCCAUCCGGAGUUAGUGGCCGAGGUGAUCAAGGCCACGCGGAGCCGGGGAGUGCUUGAGCCGGCAGAAAUCAAGAAGAAUAUUGAAAAGCUCAUCGAGAAGGAUUACAUGGAACGCGAGGAAGGAAACCGGUACCAAUAUGUGGCCUAGACCGCAUCUUUUUUUUUCUUUUCCUAUUCCUUCGUGUGGGGUGCUAUGGUGUGCUGGUGUAAUGAUUUCAGCUUACCAUAUCCCAUCGUAUUGAUGAUGAUUACGCAGUAACCUUGUUUAAUAUAACUAUGGCAUGAUCAUGAC